AUGGCUAAUCGACAUUCAUAUCAAUCGUUAGAAGACGGUGUUCUUUACGUUGAAAAUGAUAACAUAAAAAAAACAUUAGGUGUAUUUUUCCGUAAAUUAAAAAGUUUAGGAUGGAUUUUGGCGGGAAUUAUUUUUAUGAUUUCGACCAUUUUAUUAGGAUUCAUGACGUAUAAAGAAUCUGGUAACAUAAUCACGGAUCCAGAUUUGAUUGUUGCGUCGAGCGGAGCUGUCGCUUCUGAACUAAUCAUUUGCUCGCAAUUCGGUGUUGAUGUUUUAAAGGAAGGAGGAAAUGCCGUUGACGCAGCGAUUGCAAGUAUGCUUUGUGUUGGUACGAUCAACGCUUUUUCGGCGGGAAUCGGAGGUGGAGGAUUUAUGCUGGUCAGACUACCAAACGGAACUUCCGAAGUAAUAGAUUUUCGGGAAACUGCGCCAGGCGCAGCAACCGAAGACAUGUUUGUCCGUGACAGUAAGCUAGCAAGAAUUGGUGGAUUAAGCAUCGGUAUCCCUGGCGAAGUAGCUGGAAUGAAACUCGCGCAUGAAAAAUACGGGAAAUUAUCUUGGAAACGACUUUUCGAACCGUCGAUAAACAUCAGUCGCGACGGAUUUCCUGUGCCUCCAGAACUAGGAAUUCGCUUAGAGAUGUUCCGUCAUGUGAUAAUAAGUAAUCCUCAACUUGCCGCCAUAUACGCACCAAAUGGCGAUGUUUUAAAACAAGGAGAAAUUUUAUACCGAACAAAUUAUUCCAUAACUCUGGAGAAAAUUGCCGAUGACUACACCGACUUUUAUAAUGGCUCCAUCGCAAGAUCAUUAGUAAAGACGAUUAAAGCUUCUGGUGGCUUAAUGACCUUAGAGGAUCUCGCUGAUUAUCGUCCUGUACUGCGCGAGCCCGUUGUCGGUUAUUAUCACGGACGAAAGGUAAUAACGACACCCGAACCUGCAAGUGGUGCAAUAUUAAUCUUCAUGUUAAAUAUAUUGGAAGGGUAUGAGUUAAACAAGAGUAGUCUUACUGGAAUCAAUUUACAUAGACUUGUCGAGACACUCAAGUUCGGUUUUGCACGACGAACAGAAUUGGGCGAUGCUGCGUUUUUUGAAAACAAAACCGCACACGAACUACGCAUCUUGGAUAUAAUCUCCAAGAAAUACGCAAGCAUAGUGAGGAAGAAUAUAACAGACGACAGAACGCACGAAACAGAAUAUUAUAAUCCGGUCUACGCAGAAACGAAUGAUCAUGGAACAACACAUCUUUCCACUGUCGACAAAGAUGACAUGGCUGUGGCUUUUACUUCAACCGUAGUGGAUCCCAACACCGGAAUAAUACUCAACGACCAAUUGGAUGAUUUCUCGAUACCCGGCGGACCCGAUAUUUUUGGAAUGUUCCCUUCGCCUUAUAACUUCAUUGCACCUGGGAAGAAACCAUUAUCGUCAACGGUACCAACAAUAAUCGAGAAAGAUGGUAAAUUUGAGAUGACUCUAGGAGGUAGCGGUGGCACUAAAAUACUUACAGCCGUGCUGGAAGCAUUCGUAGAAUCAGGAUUUCCAUUCGAACUUUUGAAUGACUUGGUGGAUAUUGGGCAUAUUAUACAAAUAGCAAAUAUCAACAACAGAAUGUUCUCAUGUAUGGUACAAGCCGUUAGGAAAUUCGAGAAUGGAACUAUUCAUGGUAAUUUUGGAUUUAUUCAGCAGUCUUUCAUCGAGACAUUCACAUUACGUGCUAACUAA